UCCAUCUCUAUACUAUUACUACCCCAUAUCAAUCCCUUAUUUAACCAAAUUAUUUUUGUUUCAAUUUUGUUCGUUCCACAUCGACCAACUCUCCCAUCACAUAUCCAUCUAUCUUAAAUGUCAGUUUCAGUACCAUGGCUGCUGCAGGGAUUGGCCUUGUUUCGGUGACCCAGAUCCAAAAUUUGUCUAAAUCCCAACACCAACACUACCUCCACCACAAACCAAACACUACCUCCACCCCAAACCAAACCCUAACUCCACCACCACUCGGAUCGAUGUGGAACCCAAGGGACCUAGAAGAUGACUCGUGGGAGGUCAGAGCCUUUGCCGAAGACACCAACAACGUCAUGGGCACCACUUGGCCUCCAAGGUCCUACACAUGCACCUUCUGCAGAAGAGAGUUCCGUUCGGCACAAGCUCUCGGUGGCCACAUGAACGUUCACCGCCGCGACCGUGCUCGGCUCCACCAAGCCUCUCCCAACAACACUAUCUCUCCCCUCUCUCUUGCACAUCCCUCUUCUUCUUUCCUUAACAUUAACAUCCCUCACUCUCAUCAGGAACAUCUUGUUGCAAACGGCGGCUUCUGCCUCUUGUACCCCUUCCCUAGCCCUAACACUGCUGCUCCAUUUCCCACUCUUAACCACCACACUGCGUUGAAUAAUAAUGCAUGUGGUGACUCACCCUCCACUCUUUUCUCAGUCUCUCCCCAUUCUAAUCACACUCCAAACAAUUUUAUGCCUAGUUCCUUUGAUUUCUCGAUGCCUCAGCCUGCUUCGGAGAUGCCUGAUUUUUCUUCUUACUCAUUAGGCUCUGCAAAAGUGGAACUAGAACCCGCAACCUCUUCUGUCAAUAAUGGCAGCCACGAUGAGGAGCUUGAUCUAGAACUCCGCUUGGGAAAUAGAUCAACAUCAACAUGAUGAGAAAUUUAUUUAUUAUUUAUUUAUUGUUUUGUGAACCAGUACCACCAUGAGGUGCUUGUGAGGAAGUUCAAAAGCCAAAUUCCAGAGAGAAAAUAACUACUUGCUCUCUUUUGUAGCUGCUAUGCAAGAGAUAUGGAGAGUACUGUAAUUUUUAUUCACGUUUGAAAACACCUUGUACAACUCUCAUAUAUGGGUUUUUUGGUUGGAUUUUUUUUUUUCUUUCAGUUUCUGAUUUCUUAGUUGUUUUUUCUUUUUAUAAACAUCUCAGUUCUUGAUUGAUUAAUUUUGUUAGUAUGUAGUUGUUUUGCGAAAGGAGCACCAGGAAGAGCAGUUUUGUUGGAGGUGACAGUAAUGAAGUAGAGGAAGGAGAAGACAACACAUGUAAAUUCAAAGAAAGUGAAAUGUAAGUUGUACUAGUUUCAAAGAAAUUGCCGAUAAUUUAUUAAUAGAAGAAAGAUUAGGGUUUGAGGGAGACACUGAACAAAGGUUGUAGUGGAGUGUCAUUUUCCGUUU